AUGGGAUCUGAACUGAUUUACAGGGGCCACGAACCCCAACCCACUUCAGAUCUAUACUCUCCAAAGCCUAACAAACCAUGGUCCGCCGUGAUUCCGCCGAUUCGUUACAUGCUUCGUGAACAACGUCUCGUCUUCGUGCUCAUCGGCAUUGCCAUAUCUACCUUCUUCUUCACCCUUAUUCCGUCAUCCACCACCUUCUCUUCCCCCGCCAUCCCCGCCUACACCUCCUACGCAGUUUCCGGAUCGGCUCAGUUAAUGAACCCUGGACGACCAGCUUAUCGGUUUAAUUCAGGUGGGAAGAUCCCUUUGGGUUUGAAACGGAAAGGGUUAAGGAUUGUGGUGACCGGCGGUGCAGGAUUCGUCGGAAGUCAUCUCGUUGACCGAUUGAUUGAACGAGGAGACAGUGUAAUAGUCGUUGAUAAUUUCUUCACUGGAAAUAAAGAGAACGUGAUGCAUCAUUUUGGAAACCCUAGGUUUGAGCUCAUCCGACACGACGUCGUAGAGCCGUUACUACUGGAAGUCGACCAGAUCUAUCACCUUGCUUGCCCUGCUUCCCCUGUUCAUUACAAAUACAACCCCGUGAAAACAAUCAUAUCCUUCCUUAAUUAG